AUGAAGUUCUUCACUGUCAUUGCAACUAUUAUUUCUGCUGUUAGCAUCUCUGCUGUGCCCAUAUUGAAGGAGCGGGCCGUCGGGGGUCUCUUGAUAUGUACCGGUGCCAACUCCACAGGUACAUGCACCCACGAGGUAUAUACGCUUAACCAGUGUCAUCAACUUUCCGAGCCUUUCCUUCGCAACGUCACUACUUUUGCACCUGAUGGUGAAUAUUUCAACUGUUACCCACGUACAACCGGCUGCAAUGACACUUGUACGAGCCCUACGGGUUGCACAAUAGGCCCGAUCGAUUUCAACUACGAAUUCAAGUUCAAUUUCACUCGUGUCGGCUGGCCCAAACUCUUCAACAGUUUUGACUGUUCACUAAAGAAGAACAAGAAAGGCGAAAAUAUGCUCGAUUAG